AGUGGAGAUGGAGGAGUCCUCCAACAACAUCCCUCUUCAAGUGAACCAAGACACAACAAAACGUGGAACUGUUUGUAUAUUUGGCACUGGAGAUUUUGGGCGAUCUCUGGGGUAUAAGUUACUCCAGUGCGGUUAUGUGGUCAUCUUCGGGAGCCGAAACCCCAAUUCCUCCAACCUCAUUCCAAGAGGAGCCGAGGUUCUCAGCCACGCCGAGGCCACAGUGAAGUCUUCCAUCAUUAUCAUAGCCAUUCACAGGGAGCACUACGACUUUCUGACGCCACUUUCUGACAUCCUUAGGGGCAAAGUCUUAGUGGAUGUUAGUAACAACUUGAAAAUUAACCAAUAUCCACAAUCCAAUGCUGAGCACCUUGCCGGUCUGGUACCAGGUGCUAAAGUGGUCAAAGCAUUUAAUACAGUGUCUGCCUGGGCUCUGCAAUCAGGAACCUUAGAUGCCAGCAGACAGGUUUUCCUAUGUGGAGAUGAUGCGAAAGCAAAGGAAUCGGUUAUGGAGAUUGUUCGAUCUCUUGGACUAACACCAUUGGAUCAUGGAUCUCUGCUGGCAGCCAAAGAGAUUGAGAAUUACCCACUUCAGUUAUUCCCAAUGUGGAGACUUCCCUGCUAUAUUUGCGCUGGAUUCACCAUAUUGGUCUUCCUCUAUUGUCUCGUCUUUGAAGUGCUAAAUCCCUUGGUCACGAGCAAGGAGGACACUUCCUACCUCAUCAUGAUUAGUAUUGCCAACCGAGUGUUCCCCAUCGUGUCUCUCAUACUGCUGGCCUUAGUGUAUCUCCCAGGAAUCUUCGCAGCCAUCAUCCAGCUCUAUAAAGGCACCAAAUACACCCGGUUUCCAGACUGGCUGGACAAAUGGAUGCUCUGCCGGAAACAGCUUGGGCUGGUAGCAUUGGCCUAUGCCUUUCUACAUGCCAUCUACACACUGGUGAUGCCCAUACGUUACUAUGUAAGAUGGUGGGUGGAAUAUUACAUAAAGACACAGAUUAAAUCCAAUACCACGUACCCGUUUCUGAACUACUAUGCCUGGCUCUCUGACUCCUAUGUGGCACUGGGUAUACUGGGAUUCUUCUUUUAUGUUUUACUGGGCAUCACUUCACUGCCUUCGGUCAGCAAUGCCGUUAACUGGCGGGAAUUCCGCUUUGUACAGUCAAAACUGGGGUACCUGACCCUGUUGCUGUGCACGGCGCACACACUGGUCUACGGCGGAGACAGGUUCAUCUACGGCGCGUUCUAUCGGUGGUAUCUCCCCCCAGCCUUUGUCAUCUCGUUGAUUGUCCCGUGUGCUGUGCUGGCGAUGAAAUUCAUCCUCAUCAUUCCAUGCAUCGACCAAAGGAUCACCAGAAUCCGGCAAGGCUGGGAAAGGAAAGCCAAACGUUAACGGAACCCAAAUAACAAAGCUAAGGAUACAAAUGAUUCCGUCACCCAAUGGCCGAUUUCAGGGUCAAAGGAAAGCUUGUACCUACAGAUAAAGCCGCGACUGUCCAUAUAGCACUCUCAUGCUAUUUAGUAAAGCAGUGCAAAAAACAUUGAUGACAUGCAAAGUU